CUUCUGUGGACUAGAUUCACAUGGCUGUUCAAACUUAAUGUAUCUUUACAUCUUGUGUAUCAUCAAGUGCCAAAAACAGCUCAUAAAUGUUUAAUUCCGUGUCACAUAGUUUGAGCAGCACUGAUUCACAUGGGCCUUCGAUUAAAGUCAACAAACACUAAAAUAAAUAUUUUCUUGAGCAUUUAAAUGCUUUUUAAAUUAACCCUAUUUAGAAUAGUCCAUAACAGUAGUGUGCUUAAAAAGUUCUUUCAUACAUAUCCAGCAGUUUUAAAUCAACAAAUUCAGCAAAGUUUUUCUGAAAGAAUGGAACAGGCAAUUGAAGAGAGAAUUGGUGAUUUAAAGACAAGGAAGCAGGAUAGAUUCCAGGCUAAAAAAGAGAAAUAUGAUGGCAGAUCAAAAAGAAGAAAAUGGGAACAUGACGAGACAGAAGAAGCUAAAAGACUGCGAUUAGAGGAAUCAGGCGGUGAACGUAUUAAGCGUAGAAAGGCUCUUGUCUUGUUGGGAUAUUCUGGUGUCAAUUAUUGUGGAAUGCAAAGAAAUCUCGGAAUAGAAACAAUUGAAGAGGAACUGCUAAAAGCAAUGUUAAAGCAUAAGUGGAUUAAUGAUUUAGGCUUUCAGACACCUCAACAGCUUCAGUUUCAACGAGCCGCUCGUACUGACAAAGGAGUUUCAGCAUGUCGUCAAGUGGUUUCAUUAAAAAUGCCUGAAACAUAUGACAUUGAUGAAAUCAAUAAGGACCUUCCGAGUGCUAUCAAAAUCUUUGCAGUCAAGCGAGUGACUAAAGGAUUCAAUUCAAAAUCUACUUGCGAUGCAAGAACUUAUUCAUAUACACUUCCUACUUAUGCUUUAACAAAGCAGGACGAAGAAUUUGAUGAGAAUACUUAUCGUAUGCCACCAGAACGACAUGAAGAAUUGAAUAAAAUAUUAAAUCUAUAUGAGGGAACCAAGAACUUCCACAACUUUACAAUUCGAAAGGAACCAAAUGAUCCUUCUUGUCGUCGAUACAUGAUGAAAUUGGAAUGUCCAACGCCUUUUAUUCCUCAUAACUCAGAAGUUGAGUUUGCUAAAAUAAAAGUAAAAGGACAGUCAUUUAUGAUGCAUCAAAUUCGUCGUAUGGUUGGUCUAGUUAUUGCUAUAAUGAAGGGAUAUGCUGAACCUUUCACUGUUGCUCAUGCUAUGGAAAGAGAAAAGAUGAAUAUCCCACAGGCUCCUGGACUAGGUCUAGUUCUUGAAAAAGUUCAUUAUGAACGUUACAAUAAAAAGUAUGGAAAUGAUGGAAUGCAUGAGUUGUUAGAAUUUAAGGAAGAAGAUUCAGCUGUUGAGGAAUUUUAUCACAAAAAUAUUUUAUCGACAAUAAUUAGCACAGAAUUAAAUGAGAAGCCAAUGAUGACAUGGAUAAAGAAAUUAAAGAAUCAUUCUUUUACUGGCGAGGCAGAGAACAACGAAGAGGACAAUUCAGGCAAUACUAGUGACUAAAUGUAUUCUCGUGAAAAUUUUAAUUUAAAUAAAUUAAAAGUUUUUGGUCACUUAAAA